GGUGAGCAGAGAGCAGAAGGCAUGUUUCCGAUGGCCUCCCCAUCGUCGUCGCUGCCGCCGCUCUCACUUAUCGUCCUCCGGACGCUCCCGUGCAGACCCGUUGUCCUCUCGAGGCAGAAGAAGCCACUUCCCUCGCCAAAAUCUGGCCGCUUAGCAAUCGCAGGAGCAGAGCAGCGAUUGACGGAGACCGGCCGGUGGAGGAGGAGGAGGUACAGGAGGGGCGGACGCUUCCCGUGUUUCUCCUACAACGCCAAUAACAAGAGUCCCUCUCCUUCGGAUAAGAGUUCUGAUGAGUGGCCAAUCCUUCGCCGGUGGGAUGUGCCAUGGGAGUGGCAAACCGUUAUGCUCACCAUGGUAGGCUGUGGAGUAAGCUUUGUUUUGACAGGAUUGGUUGAGCAAUCCGCUUUGCAAUACGUGGGAUUUAAAGCUGUGGAGGCAAGUAUAGAUGAGAAGGCAGAAAUAUUGUUUCUUGGGCAACUUAGCGUGACAGUAGUUCUGCUUGGCGUUAUAUUUGGCAUCACCAAUACAUUUCGACCAUUCCCAGAUGAUUUAUUUCGUUAUGAUAUUAAAGAACCAUUCAAGAUGCAGAAUGGAUGGCUUUUGUGGGCUGGAGUCGGCCUCUUUGUGGCAGUAAUUUCUAUUGCUUUAGUGGGAGCUGCUAUGACCUAUCUGAAUGGUGAAACUCCAGAGAGAGAGACUGAUUCACUAGUUCUUUUAUUGCCCCUGAUUGGAUCAUCCACUACUAGCACUGCCUUUUUGGUGGGAAUUACUGGAGUUCUGGCACCACUUCUGGAGGAGACCGUGUUUCGAGGAUUUCUAAUGGUGUCCUUGACUAAGUGGUUUCCUACUCCAGUUUGUGUACUUGUCAGUGCUGCUGUAUUUGCCCUUGCUCAUCUGACUCCUGGACAAUUUCCUCAGCUAUUUGUACUUGGUAUUACACUGGGGUUUUCGUAUGCUCAAACCCGCAAUCUUCUAACUCCUAUCACAAUACACGCAUUUUGGAACUCAGGAGUAAUAUUGCUGCUAACCUUUCUUCAGCUGCAAGGAUAUGAUAUCAAGGAGCUGUUGGGGGCAUCGUGAAGGUUUGGACAAACCAGAGCCUGGUUUUGUGCAUAAGGUGAUACCAAGGAGCUCUGUUGGGCGUGUGACCUGGCACAUCCGAUGUCAGCAAAACCACGUGGAAAGAGUCAAAGAAAUAUGGGUCUGCAAGGUGGUUGCGUUUCCAGAAGUUUUACGACACAUCACUAUUCUGUAAAGCUGUUCAUGUAGGGCGCCUCGCAGAUGGCCUUAAUGCAAGAGCUGCAGAAACACCUGUCAAUAAACUCAUGAAGUGCAGACGGAUUUACGUCCUUGUUCAUGUCAUGAGCUGUUUUUGUAUGUAUCUAGGCAGGAGUUAUGCUUUGGGGUACAGGGCAGUACACCAUAUGCCUGACUACCAUCGGUAAGAUCAAUACAUCUGAAUAUGAACUUCAUCCUGUGCGAUUCAAAUGGGGUAUCCGGCGGCAUGACAACCCUUGCAUA